UUUCCAGUCAAUGGUGUUGUGGAGUUCAAGAGCACGGAUAUGGGAUCUUUGGCAUCAUUUCAGUGCAAUUUAGGCUACAACAUGACUGGAAGUCCAACAAGUAUUUGUCAACUAGUUGGCACUCAGUUGCAGUGGUCUGACAAGACACCAAAUUGUACAGUGAUAAAGUGUCCAAGCCUCUCUCAUCCUUUGAAUGGCUAUUUAUUAAGGCAUGAUGUUUCUUACAACACGACUGUCUCUUUUGGCUGCAAUCCUGGUUAUCGUUUGAAGAAACAUUGGACAAUAACUUGUCUAAUUUCAGGCCAGUGGAGUGGUGCCUCACCUCAUUGUGAAUUGGCAAAGUGCUUGGUACCUCGACCUCCUCUUAAUGGACAAGCGUUAUACAACAGUACCAGGUUUGGAUCGUUGGUGUUAUUUCAGUGCAACUCUGGCUACAAGUUGGUGGGAAGUACAACUAGUUCGUGCAAACUACAAGGCUCUCAACUCCAAUGGUCUAGGCAACCGCCCACUUGUCAAUUGAUUGUAUGUCCUACUCUGUCUGGACCAAUGAAUGGCUGGCUGUCAAUAUCUGAUGUUGGCAAUAGCAAAUUAGUGACUUACAAUUGUAAUCCAGGCUAUCAUCUUAAGAAUGGAAGUGCCACAAGAUAUUGUUUAGUCUCAGGCGAGUGGAAUGGAACUGCACCAGCUUGUGAAGUGGGUGUUUGCUCAGUACCGACGUUUCCAGUCAAUGGUGUUGUGGAGUUCAAGAGCACGGAUAUGGGAUCUUUGGCAUCAUUUCAGUGCAAUUUAGGCUACAACAUGACUGGAAGUCCAACAAGUAUUUGUCAACUAAUUGGCACUCAGUUGCAGUGGUCUGACAAGACACCAAAUUGUACAGUGAUAAAGUGUCCAAGCCUCUCUCAUCCUUUGAAUGGCUAUUUAUUAAGGCAUGAUGUUUCUUACAACACGACUGUCUCUUUUGGCUGCAAUCCUGGUUAUCGUUUGAAGAAACAUUGGACAAUAACUUGUCUAAUUUCAGGCCAGUGGAGUGGUGCCUCACCUCAUUGUGAAUUGGCAAAGUGCUUGGUACCUCGACCUCCUCUUAAUGGACAAGCGUUAUACAACAGUACCAGGUUUGGAUCGUUGGUGUUAUUUCAGUGCAACUCUGGCUACAAGUUGGUGGGAAGUACAACUAGUUCGUGCAAACUACGUGGCUCUCAACUCCAAUGGUCUAGGCAACUGCCCACUUGUCAAUUGAUUGUAUGUCCUACUCUGUCUGGACCAAUGAAUGGCUGGCUGUCAAUAUCUGAUGUUGGCAAUAGCAAAUUAGUGACUUACAAUUGUAAUCCAGGCUAUCAUCUUAAGAAUGGAAAUGUCACAAGAUAUUGUUUAAUCUCAGGCGCAUGGAAUGGUACUGCACCUUCUUGUGAAGAGACUGUGUGCCCAAUACUGAUUCGUCCACUUGAUGGUGUAAUAAAGUUUCACAACACAAAAUUGGGCUCUUCAGCAUCAUUUCAAUGCAACGUUGGCUACAACAUGUCUGGAAGUGCAAGAGUUACGUGUCAGCUACAUGAAUUAAAAGUGCAGUGGUCUGACAAGCCACCAGUCUGUCAUUUGAUAAGAUGUCCAAGUCUGUUUCGUCCUCGAAAUGGCUAUAUAUCAAGCAAUGAGUUUACCUACAACAAGUCAGUUAAUUAUGGAUGUAAUCCAGGCUAUCGUCUUAGUCUUGAGAAGGGAAGUAAGACAAGAACUUGUUUGAUCUCAGGCCAGUGGAGUGGCAGACCACCAUAUUGUCAACCAUUAAAGUGUUCAAAACUUAUGGAUCCACUGAAUGGUCGAGUUUUAUACAGCAGCCGAAAAUUGCACUCUUCUGCUUUAUUUGAGUGCAGUUCUGGCUACAGGCUGGAUGGAAGUAGAACGGUUAAUUGCAGAUUAAAUGGCUCUCUACUUCAAUGGUCUAAUCAACUGCCUACUUGUCAAGCUAUACGAUGUUCAAGUUUGUCUCCACCUGUCAAUGGGUCUUUGUCAGGGUCAAAGUUUUCGUACAACAAAUCAGUUGUGUACAGCUGCAAUCGUGGUUACAAUCUUGAGAAUGGAAACAAGAUAAGAACUUGUUUAAUGUCAGGCCAUUGGAGUGGCAAAGCUCCCAGUUGCCAACGUGCAGCAUGUCCUGCUUUGUUCAAUCCAGUCAAUGGUAUUGUUCAGUACAUUGGCACAAAUUCUCGGUCGACAGCCUUGUUUCAUUGUCAUGUGGGGUACAAGCUGAUAGGAAGCACAGUUCUAACUUGUGUUCUACGCAGAUCUCAUUUGCAGUGGUCUAACCAACCACCGACAUGCCGGAAAAUACAGUGUCCAAAAUUACAUUCUCUUGUAAAUGGCUAUUUGUCGUCCAGCAAUGAUUCCUACAAUGCAUCGGUAACUUACAUGUGCAAUUCAGGCUAUCAUAUAAGAAAUGGGGAUCAAACAAGAACAUGCCUGAGUACUGGACGGUGGUCUGGUAGGGUUCCUUAUUGUGAGCGUGUGGCAAAGUGCUUGGUACCUCGACCUCCUCUUAAUGGACAAGCGUUAUACAACAGUACCAUGUUUGGAUCGUUGGUGUUAUUUCAGUGCAACUCUGGCUACAAGUUGGUGGGAAGUACAACUAGUUCGUGCAAACUACGUGGCUCUCAACUCCAAUGGUCUAGGCAACCGCCCACUUGUCAAUUGAUUGUAUGUCCUACUCUGUCUGGACCAAUGAAUGGCUGGCUGUCAAUAUCUGAUGUUGGCAAUAGCAAAUUAGUGACUUACAAUUGUAAUCCAGGCUAUCAUCUUAAGAAUGGAAGUGCCACAAGAUAUUGUUUAGUCUCAGGCGAGUGGAAUGGAACUGCACCAGCUUGUGAAGUGGGUGUUUGCUCAGUACCGACGUUUCCAGUCAAUGGUGUUGUGGAGUUCAAGAGCACGGAUAUGGGAUCUUUGGCAUCAUUUCAGUGCAAUUUAGGCUACAACAUGACUGGAAGUCCAACAAGUAUUUGUCAACUAGUUGGCACUCAGUUGCAGUGGUCUGACAAGACACCAAAUUGUACAGUGAUAAAGUGUCCAAGCCUCUCUCAUCCUUUGAAUGGCUAUUUAUUAAGGCAUGAUGUUUCUUACAACACGACUGUCUCUUUUGGCUGCAAUCCUGGUUAUCGUUUGAAGAAACAUUGGACAAUAACUUGUCUAAUUUCAGGCCAGUGGAGUGGUGCCUCACCUCAUUGUGAAUUGGCAAAGUGCUUGGUACCUCGACCUCCUCUUAAUGGACAAGCGUUAUACAACAGUACCAGGUUUGGAUCGUUGGUGUUAUUUCAGUGCAACUCUGGCUACAAGUUGGUGGGAAGUACAACUAGUUCGUGCAAACUACGUGGCUCUCAACUCCAAUGGUCUAGGCAACUGCCCACUUGUCAAUUGAUUGUAUGUCCUACUCUGUCUGGACCAAUGAAUGGCUGGCUGUCAAUAUCUGAUGUUGGCAAUAGCAAAUUAGUGACUUACAAUUGUAAUCCAGGCUAUCAUCUUAAGAAUGGAAAUGUCACAAGAUAUUGUUUAAUCUCAGGCGCAUGGAAUGGUACUGCACCUUCUUGUGAAGAGACUGUGUGCCCAAUACUGAUUCGUCCACUUGAUGGUGUAAUAAAGUUUCACAACACAAAAUUGGGCUCUUCAGCAUCAUUUCAAUGCAACGUUGGCUACAACAUGUCUGGAAGUGCAAGAGUUACGUGUCAGCUACAUGGAUUAAAAGUGCAGUGGUCUGACGAGCCACCAGUCUGUCAUUUGAUAAGAUGUCCAAGUCUGUUUCGUCCUCGAAAUGGCUAUAUAUCAAGCAAUGAGUUUACCUACAACAAGUCAGUUAAUUAUGGAUGUAAUCCAGGCUAUCGUCUUAGUCUUGAGAAGGGAAGUAAGACAAGAACUUGUUUGAUCUCAGGCCAGUGGAGUGGCAGACCACCAUAUUGUCAACCAUUAAAGUGUUCAAAACUUUUGAAUCCACUGAAUGGUCGAGUUUUAUACAGCAGCCGAAAAUUGCACUCUUCUGCUUUAUUUGAGUGCAGUUCUGGCUACAGGUUGGAUGGAAGUGGAACGGUUAAUUGCAGAUUAAAUGGCUCUCUACUUCAAUGGUCUAAUCAACUGCCUACUUGUCAAGCUAUACGAUGUUCAAGUUUGUCUCCACCUGUCAAUGGGUCUUUGUCAGGGUCAAAGUUUUCGUACAACAAAUCAGUUGUGUACAGCUGCAAUCGUGGUUACAAUCUUGAGAAUGGAAACAAGAUAAGAACUUGUUUAAUGUCAGGCCAUUGGAGUGGCAAAGCUCCCAGUUGCCAACGUGCAGCAUGUCCUGCUUUGUUCAAUCCAGUCAAUGGUAUUGUUCAGUACAUUGGCACAAAUUCUCGGUCGACAGCCUUGUUUCAUUGUCAUGUGGGGUACAAGCUGAUAGGAAGCACAGUUCUAACUUGUGUUCUACGCAGAUCUCAUUUGCAGUGGUCUAACCAACCACCGACAUGCCGGAAAAUACAGUGUCCAAAAUUACAUUCUCUUGUAAAUGGCUAUUUGUCAUCCAGCAAUGAUUCCUACAAUGCGUCGGUAACUUACAUGUGCAAUUCAGGCUAUCAUAUAAGAAAUGGGGAUCAAACAAGAACAUGCCUGAGUACUGGACUGUGGUCUGGUAGGGUUCCUUAUUGUGAGCGUGGCUUUUGCCCAAGACCCAAAAAUGUGGUCAAUGGUACCGUGCACUUUAACAGCACGAGACUGGGAGCACGAGCAUUAUUUAGAUGCAAGGCAGGGUACAAGUUAGUUGGACGCAAAAUUGUUAUUUGUCAGGCAAAUGGUGCUCGACUAGACUGGUCAGACCCACCACCAACUUGUUUAUUAAUUACUUGUCCAGUUCUGUUUCGUCCUGUGAAUGGCGACUUCUCAGGCACUGGUAAUCAUUAUCGACAAUCGGUUACCUACAGCUGCAAACCAGGCUAUCACCUGGUGAGUGGAAGCAAGAGAAGAAAUUGUCUAAUCUCAGGUCAAUGGAGUGGUACAGCUCCUUUUUGUCUAGGUCACAUUUGCGUUCCAAUGUCAGAGCUGACUAAUCUUACAACGCCUUACAACAUUACAGACAACCCAGUUCAAACAUUUUUGUCAACUCAAUGUGAGAAAGGACAUGAGUCGAAAAGAAUUGUAGUUCCAAUUUGUCCAGAAAACAGCUCCAAGGAACAGUGGUUACAUCUGCCAUCAUCAUGCCAACGUAAAAGAUGUCCAACACCAGUAGCUCUCCUUAAUGGCAGCAUGUUUGGUGAUAACUUCACUUAUGACUCUUCAAUAACGUACCAAUGCAACAGAGAGUAUCAGUUAACAUUUGGGAAUAAGCGAAGAAAAUGUCUGAGUACUGGACAGUGGAGUGGCUUUACACCAUAUUGCCAGCAUAAAUGCAGUGUGCUUGGCAACUGCAGGCUAACUGAAGAAUGCAAGGUCAAUAGUAGUGGGCAUGCAGUCUGUAAGUGCAUUCCAAUAGACUUGUGUCCUUCAAACCAUGAACCAGUCUGUGGCACUGAUGCUGAGACGUAUCAAAACGAAUGUAGGUUGAGAGUGAAAAGCUGCCAUGCAGGCAGACAUGACAUAGAUAUAGCUGGUCAUGAUAACUGUGGCUUUGGUGGUAUUUGUAAUUUGGAUCGCCCUCGUCCAGCUCCUGGAUCAAAUUGCCGACGGUACAGUUAUCGCUACUGGUUUAAUUCAACGUCUCAGGCGUGUGAGCAAUAUGAACAUGGGCCUUGUUUUGAGGGAAAACAUAGUUUUCUUAGUUCUGGUGACUGCAAGACUACAUGCAUCAAAACUGACGUUUGUAGUCUUCCGUUUGAUGCUGGUAAAUGCAACGCAGCAAAUGAAACACGAUGGUUUUUCAACAUCACAACACAACGUUGUGAAUCAUUUCAGUAUGGAGGCUGCUUUGGCAACGAGAAUAACUUUAUCACAGAGACACAGUGUCAGAAGAAAUGCCCUAAGUGUGUGUGCUCUUCAUCGCUGAACUUGAGACAAGCCACAAAUCAGUAUGAUGCAGUUUCUGUGUUACGCAUAACGUCUAACAGAAAGGAGAACAAUGGCAAAAUCACAUACAACAUUAAUAUUAUCUCUAUCUGUCAAUUGAAGAAGAGAGUACAGAUAUCUAAGAAGGCUAAAGGCACUGUUUUGUCUGUAAUCGAAUCGGACAAAGGAGGUUGUGUGUGUCCCAAGUUGGUGAAAAAUAAAACAUACAAGGUAGCAGUCAAUAGAAUGAAGACGUCAACGUCGAAAAAACUGUUUCUGCGACUCCCUCGUCAGUUCUAUGUGAAAGAGGCUUCACGAUGCUGACGUGUUACAAUGUACUUGAGCUGCUGGUCUUGAGCUGCUUGAACAGACCAGGUAUCAGAUCAAAGUGACAUUAUUACAGCUACUGUUGUGAUGAUAGUAGUUGGUUGAUGUAUAGAGUGAGACUAGAUAUUAUAAGGCGACUAUUGUCUUUGUAGUGUAGAGCUAAUAAUUAUCAAUGAAGUACAGAUGAAAGCUCACUUAUUGGAUGGGCAAAAUGUUGGCCAAACCCCAACCUAACAACUAAAAUAGAAGUCUACACAGGGGUGUAGUUGGUCUGGGCUAUGGCAAGUGGCCAUGGUUAGGUGUAUCAAACAGUUUGU